AUUUAUAAUAUUCAUAAUUUAUAUAUUUCUCAUUUUUGCAAGGGGCCUAAUAAUAUCUUCUAUUUCAGUAUACCACUAUACAUAAGUAGAAAUCGAAAACUUCUGCUGCGCAUGAGCAAACUGCUCCCACCCUUCUUCCGUUCUCCCACUCUCAGCGGUCUUACUAGUUACUCUACGGAUUCGAAAGCUUUGAUGACUAGCAGUCGUCAGUGUAGGAUCGCGUUCUCUUUGAUUUUACAGUAUGUGCUAUCGUUUUCUUUACUUUGGUUCUAUCUCGAAUUGUCUAUAUACUAUUAGUCCAUCUUAUUUUAUUCGGUAAAGUGAGAAUCGAAUGUAGUUCUAGCGAUACUCGGUGACAGUUUUAUACUGAUGUGAAGCAUCUGAAGUGCGUAUGCUGACAGCGUUGUUAUGUGCAGUGUGCCAUUGAUCUACGACAGUAACAGUGCAAGUGCAGUUCCGAACGUCAUGUCAGAGUCUAACAAUUACAUGAUGCCAUUCUACGAAGGUAUUGAUUUAUAUCGCGAGCAGCAACAGAUCAUCGGAAGCCAACAGCAACAACAGUUAGCGCAGCAACAACAGCCGCAAGCAGGGUCGAUGCAACAGGUUCAUUCACACCCCGCAGGCGUUAACGGAAAUCAGCAAUAUUGGUACGGAUACGCGUCCAGGUCUGCGCCAUCGAUCGGACUCUUACAUCAGACCCAAGUAGCUUCCCAACAAUUCUUCAAUCCUUCGAACGUGCUGGCCUCAUGGACGCGUCCUUACUCAUCUCAUUACUCGCAGCUGCCAUGUCAGCAGACUUAUCAAUCGCACAUUCCACAAUCGCAAUCGCAAUCGUACAUUCAGCACCCUGCGUUGACGCAACAACAGUUCCAACAAUAUUCGUCGACGAAGCAACACCUCGCGCGACAGCCGCAACAGUCAAGUAAGCACGUUCAUUUGCGGCAGAAUCGACAGCCGCAGCAGAACUCAUCGUCGGAGCAGCAUCUUCCGCAAAACCCAUCGCCGAAGCAACAACUUCAACACUCACCACUGGAGCAGCAAGAGUAUUCGUCGACGCAUCAUCUUCAACAGUUACCGUCACCGAAUCAGCACUUGCAAUAUCCGUCACCGCAACAAUUAUCGCAACAACUGUCGCCGCAGCAGCAACUUCAAUAUUCGCCACCUCAGGAGCAUCUUCCCCAAGAAUCAUCGCCGCAGCAGCACUUUCAGCAAACCUCGCCUUCGCUACAGCAACAUGUUCAAUUAGAACCAUCGCAAAAGCAACAUAUGCAGCAGGACAUGAUGCAGUGGAUGAACGCCGAAAGUGCCGGAAUCGAAAUUGGCAACCAACAUUCUGCCCCGGCUAUAACUACCAACAUGAAUAGCAACAUAAGCGGCAGUAUGAGCAGCAGUGUUAAUGAGAGUAUAGAAAACACCAAUGGUAGUGCGAACGAAAGUGUUACUGGUAGUAUCAAUGGCAGUGUAAAUAGUAGUGUUCAUAGUCAACAUAACAGUCCGUCUACAACAACGCACGAAGACUUUAACUUGUCUUCGACCUGUGGAAACACAGACCUAACAUACUCUGGUAAAUUGAGUCAGUCAGUCAGUUAUGAUUACGAUAAUUUGUUGUUAGGGUUAUUAGCUGGCUUUUCCUUAGAAUUAUUAGGUAAAAAUAUGUCAACUACAGGCUUGACUGACAUAUCAACACCCGCACCAGAUAACCAGGAUUUGUCGUCUUCACCCAGGACAUCUAUGAAGGACAAACCUACAUACACACCUAGAAACCUUCAUAGGAGAAGUCCGUAUGAAUGGAUGAAGAGACCGUCAUAUCAAAGUCAACCAAAUCCAGGGAAGACCCGUACGAAAGACAAAUACCGAGUGGUCUAUUCGGAUUAUCAAAGGCUGGAACUCGAAAAAGAGUUCCUUUCUUCCAAUCGUUACAUCACAAUCAAACGCAAAGCGGAGAUUGCAGAGUUACUCCAAUUGACGGAACGUCAAGUGAAGAUAUGGUUCCAGAAUCGACGAGCAAAAGAGCGGAAAAUACUGAAAAGGCGAGAGGAGCAAAUAACGAGACACCAAACAACGCCCUUAGAAGGAAGAGCGGAGGCGGCGACGAGUUUUCCGGGUGUCCCGGGAGGAAUGGGAGGGAUGCUGGGCGGUCUGAUACAUACCAAUGACAGCACCUCCUCUUCCAUGCAGCUUGCUGCGCCGUUGGUACCGUCAAGCCAUCUUCAUCAGGCCCUUUGUAGAAGUUCUACCAACACCUCGCAUCUUUCUAUAAGAAAUGCAUGUCCAACCUUCGCACCUCCGGAAUUGAUACCUAGUACUGUAAGUUAGACAUCUUUAUUUUACCACUGACUGAAGCAUUUUUCUGACCCUGAAAUCUGCAGAAGUCUGUUGUUAUUUGCAUUUAAAUAAUCAUGUGCAAUGUCAAUAUCAGCGCACAAAAUCUGAUUUAAUUACAUAAUGAGAUAUAGUACGUUGUGAUGCAUGCGGCGCCCAAAUGAGUUGUGAAAAAGGAUCCGACAAUUGAACAUCCACUGCAAACGUAAACUCGAUGAAUUGUCACUUGAUCUCAUUAACUUCCUCGAGUUACACUUGUAACAGUAUCUGCAUGCGUGUGUCUAUUGUAUAUAAUUUGUAUAUAAUUCCACAUUCACCGUCAUUACUCAUUUUUUAUUUUCAGCACAAUUUUUUCAGAUUUCAGUCCUUAAACUGGGGUAAUCAUUUAAAUUUACUUUAAACUAACAAAUACA